AUGCCAGUUUGAGCAUAUACAAGCAACAAAAUGUGGGCCGAACAUGGAAACGCCGGGAGUGCAGCCAGCUCUCGGUUUCUGCCCUCGAUCCGCGUGCUGGACACGCUCAUCGCUGGUACCGGACCAACCAGACCAAGUCCCAAGGCUACUCCAUCCUCCAGCACCUAAGCUACUGCUCUCGCUGUGAAACAGCCGGGCGUGCAGACCUUCCAGAGUCCGACACGUCGACUGGAGCAGCAACCGACCCCGUCGUCGUCGACGGGAUGGAAGCCGCCGAAGCGGCCAACAACAAGAUCCAAUCGCUCUACAGCAAGGACAACAAAGUCGGAGAAGGUACCUAUGCCGUCGUUUACGCCGGAAGGGAACUCAAGACGGGCAGACCGGUCGCUAUCAAAAAGGUUCAGUCCAAUCCUCCUCGUCCGUGUCCGUUCGCUCCCCGAGCUGAAUCGUGCCACCCCAUCUCGACGUAGAUCAAAGUUGGUCAAUUCAAAGAUGGGCUGGACAUGUCCGCCGUGAGAGAAGUCAAGUUCCUACGCGAGCUCAAGCACCCCAACGUCAUCGAGGUUCGUAUCCCUCGCAUUCCACCCCCGCACGCGCAAAUCUGCUGACUCCGAUCCUUGCCUGUCGCAGCUCCUCGACGUCUUUUCCAACAAGUCCAACCUCAACCUCGUACUCGAAUUCCUCGAAGCCGACCUGGAAGCCGUCAUCAAGGACAGGUCGCUCGUCUUCCAAGCCGCCGACAUCAAGUCGUGGAUGCUCAUGACUUUCAAGGGGCUUGAGUUCUGCCAUCGCAAUUGGAUAUUGCAUCGAGUCAGUGCGAGUUGAGCGGAGUAGAAUCAGAACCCACAAACGCUUGAAGCUGAUACACUACCCACCAGGAUAUGAAACCCAACAAUUUGUUGAUCGCCUCGAACGGCGUACUCAAAAUCGCCGAUUUCGGUCUCGCACGAGAAUACGCCGACCCGUCCUCAACAGCCCGCAUGACCUCCCAAGUCGUCACGCGCUGGUACCGCGCCCCCGAACUCUUGUUCGGUGCGCGGUCCUACUCGACCGCUGUGGACAAUUGGGCCGCUGGGUGUAUUUUUGCAGAGUUGAUGUUGAGGGUGCCUUAUAUGGCCGCGGAGAGUGAUGUCGAGCAGUUGAACGUCAUCUUCUCGGCCCUGGGGACACCGACGGAGAAGGACUGGCCUGUGAGUGCUUGCUUGAUUGCUUCAUGCUCAAGGUCGAACUGUUCGCUCAUGGCUCCAAUUCUUCGUCUCGUCUCUGCGCAGGGCCACAAAUCCCUCCCGGACUACAUAUCCCUCGAACCGCACAAACCGCGCCAAGACCUCCGUCUCCUCUUCUCCGCCGCUUCCAACGAGGCCAUAGACCUCCUCACCCGACUACUCCUCUACGACCCCCGAAAACGCAUCUCGACCAAGAACGCCUUGUUGCAUACCUACUUCUCCAAACAUCCCUUCCCUACACCACCGGGGAAGUUACCAAAACCUAGCAAGGUGGAGAAGAAGAAGGUGGUGGAGGAAGCGAUGGAAGCAAUUGGGGAGGGGGAUGCGGAGGGGGUAAGAAAGAAGAAGAAUGGAAAGAGACAUGGGGAGCGCUUUGAUGGGUUGGAUGCGGCGAGGAAGAAGGUUGCCAGGAAGUUGGAGUUUUGA